GAGCUUCCUGUUUAGAACAGUUCAGGAAGAAGAAGUAAUGGCGACGUCGGUGGGUGCCGAGUCCUCUCGGACUGGGUUAUCCCGAAAAAGCCGAAGUAGGAAUAUCCUGUCCAGGAUUAGACAUGGUCAAAUUACUGGUUGUGGACUGAGCCGGGGCACACAGUUACCCGAGGCUCUGCUCAAAGAGAGGGACAAGCGCGCCAGAUGGCAAGGGAUCCCCAUACUGCUGCAGAGGCUGUAUGAAAGCAGCCACCCCAAUAGCGAUCUCUCUCAGACCCAUGGAGUGGUGAAGGAAAUGUCAUCCUUGCUUUCCAUGGAAGCCAUGUCGUUUGUGACAGAGGACAGGAAGACGGCUCAGGAGUCGACCUUUCCCAACACGUACACGUUUGAUCUCUUUGGAGGUGUCGAUUUACUGGUGGAAAUCUUAAUGAGACCCACGCUCACAACGCAGAAGAACAGCUCCAAAAUGAGUGACGAUCUGGUCAAAGACUGUUUGAGUGUUCUGUACAACUGCUGUAUAUGUACGGAAGGGGUCACGAAAAGCCUUGCAUCUAGGAACGACUUCGUUUUGUUUCUGUUCACCCUAAUGACAAAUAAGAAGACCUUUCUGCAGACGGCCACGCUAAUCGAAGACAUCCUAGGGGUCAAAAAGGAGAUGAUUCAGCUGGAGGACAUCCCCAACCUGCCCACUCUGGUCCAGAGCUUCGACCAGCAGCAGCUCGCCAACUUCUGCCGCAUCCUGUCCGUCACCAUCUCCGAGCCCGAUGUGGGCAACGACGACAAGCACACCCUCCUGGCAAAGAACGCCCAGCAGAAGAAGAACGCCAGCCCCUCCCGCGCGGAAGUCAACCAAGUGACUCUCCUCAACAUACCCGGGUUUAUUGAGAGACUGUGCAAGCUGGCCACUCGGAAGGUGUCUGAAGCCACGGGCACCUCCAACUUCCUGCAGGAGCUGGAGGACUGGUACACCUGGCUGGACAAUGCUCUGGUGCUGGACGCGCUCAUGCAGAUGGCCACGGAGGAGGCGGAGCACAGCAGCACAGAAUCCUCUGACGAGAGCAGCCUGGCCACGAGCCCACUGAGACACCGGCUCCCGCAGUCCAUGAAGAUUGUGCACGAGAUCAUGUACAAGGUGGAGGUGCUGUACGUCCUCUGCGUGCUGCUCAUGGGUCGCCAAAGAAACCAGGUGCACAAAAUGUUGGCCGAGUUCCGGCUGAUCCCAGGACUCAACAACCUCUUCGACAAGCUCAUCUGGAGGAAGCAGACGUCCAACCAUGUGCUGCACGGGCAGAACCAGAACUGCGACUGCAGCCCGGAAAUUUCCUUCAAAAUCCAGUUCUUGAGGCUGCUUCAGAGCUUCAGUGACCACCACGAGAACAAAUACCUGCUUCUGAACAGCCAGGAGCUGAAUGAGCUGAGCGGCAUCUCUCUGAAAGCCAACAUCCCGGAGGUGGAAGCUCUGGUCAAUACUGACAGGAGUCUGGUUUGUGACGGUAAGAAGGGUCUCCUGACUCGGUUGCUCGCGGUGAUGAAGCGGGAACCAGCGGACUCCUCCUUCAGGUUCUGGCAGGCCAGGGCAGUGGAGAGCUUCCUCAGAGGGGCCACCUCCUACGCCGACCAGAUGUUCCUCCUGAAGAGGGGCCUGCUGGAGCAUAUCCUGUUCUGCAUCAUUGACAGCGGCUGCAAGUCCAGGGACGUGCUCCAGAGCUACUUCGACCUCCUGGGGGAGCUCAUGAAGUUCAACAGUGAUGCCUUCCGCAGGUUCAACAAAUACGUCAACACAGACGAAAAGUUUCAGAUCUUCUUGAAUCAGAUCAACAGCUCCUUGGUGGACUCCAACAUGCUGGUGCGAUGCAUCGUCUUGUCCCUGGACCGAUUCGAGAACCAAACGGAAGAUGUGAAAGUGGUGGAAGUGCUGUCGGAGUGCUGUCUGCUGUCGUACAUGUCGCGUGUGGAGAACAGGCUCUCCUUCCUCUUCCGGCUUGUCAACAUCAUUAAUGUGCAAACGCUCACACAGGAGAACGUGAGCUGCCUGAACACCAGCCUGGUGGUUCUGAUGCUGGCGCGAAGGAAAGACAAGCUGCCAUUCUACCUGAAAGCCCUGAGGGAGAAGGAGUACUCGGAGAAGUACCCGGGCUGCCUGCUCAACAACUUCCACAACCUGCUGCGCUUCUGGCAGCGCCAUUACCUCAACAAGGACAAGGACAGCACCUGUCUGGAGAACAGCUCCUGCAUCCCCUUCAGCUACUGGAAGGAGACAGUGUCCGUCCUGCUGAGCCCGGACCGGACUUCGCUGUGUGCCAUAGCAAGCUACAUCGACGAGGCGUACAUGGACCUGGACAGAGACGCGCUGGAGGUUUAACCGCGGCACUCGGACGGAGGGAGGCGAGGGGUGAGGAGGGGUGCCGACACCGACAGUCUACACCGCAGAGGGCGUGUCCUAAGGGACGCUCGUUCAGGGAUCCGUACUGUACAGUGCUGUGUGUGUGUGUGACUCUGGACCAGCCGAAUGUUGUCAGAUCAUUGCGGGUGUGCGGGGAAACUCCAGCAGUCAUUAACUGAAGGGUCUGUUUAUUUUAUUUUAUUUCUCCCCCUCCCCCCUCUCUGACUGCGGGGGACACCACACAAGUGCAGGAAAGAAAACCUGGUGUAAACCCCCCAUCCUCCCUUAAGACAAAAUCUUUCAGGGAUAAGCAAUAGUUCCACAUAUUUUUGAGAUUAAGUCAAAUAAUACAUAUAUGAAAUAUAUAUAGCUAACCUGUAUGUUUUUGAGAGACAUUGCAUUUAGUCUUUUAAGAACCAGAUAUUUUGCUUUGAUACACACUUUAAAUGGAGACAUCAGUUAAGAUGGGAUAUGACUGCAGUUUUUAAAGGUGUGGGUUGCUAUCAAACCUGAAAUCACUCAAGUUUGCCAUUACCUAGAUCACAUGCAUCCUGCUCAUGCUUGAUCUGAAUGCUGUUACACAUCUUGCAGCCUUUACUGUUAGCAUUAGUGUCCAUUAUAUACAGACAGAGUAGGGGGUGGGGUUUUGGGGGUGUGCUGGUCUAAGGAAGAGCUCUGUUUGCUUGGCGAAAAGGUCACCAUCUGCUGAGCUGUCCCUUUUAAGGAGCAUUUAGACAUGUCUGAUCACAUGAACAGUGUUGAUGGGGAUGCUGGUUUCCACUGGCAUUCCUCCCCACAUCCAGCCCUUCAUCCUUCCUCAGUACUAGGAGACCUACACCCUGAAUCUGCUAGGACAUCGGGGGGAGACACUUUUCUUCUCACAUUUUUAUUUUUUUGUUCUGUGAUACUGUAUGUUGGCUCUCAGUUCUUAAUUAUUUUAAAAAUACACAGCAUGGCAUUUGCAAAUAUAGGUCUUACAUUAUUGUUAAUGAUCACUGUUUUUAAUGCUGAGAAAAGAGGCCUCUGUAAAGUCCAAGGCAGUGUGAGAAAGUAGAAAAUAAACUAUGCAGGUCGUGGCAUUUAUCUCAUUUGUAUUUGUACUCCUAACCUUUCCAGUGCUCUGCAACUGGGAGUGAUUUGUCAGUUGUGACUGUUUUCCAGCUGUCCACUUAUCUCCCUUCUACCAUGAUCUUUCCCCUCCUCACAGCAGUACCUCAUACCUCUUCUAUCUGAUUGGAUGGAGCAGGGAGGAGGAGUCUCACUGCAGGGCCUGUUGCUUUGCCUGCUUUUGCCAGAAUGUGUAGACGUUGCCAGGGAAACGGAUGUCCAAUUGAGCAGUCUGCUCCCGAAGCACGUCUUUGAUCUAUAUCACUCAGUUGUGCUGGAGUUCCCUAGAUGGCCUGAGUAAUCCUUUGGAGAGAUUCAACGACAAAAACUAUGGUUUGAGCUACCUCAUUUUUUCAACCCAGCACCAUCCACCUUGUACUGCCAUUCUCAUACAUAGGGUUGCAAUAAAUCAAGCUUUUCAACCAUGAUCAAAUAAUGUUGUCAAAUCCCUUUUUACACACCUGGGGCUGGUUGUACCAACUGGACGUGCACAUGUGGCUGAAAGUUGCAUCUGACCUGGAACAGAGUCACAGUUCUGGCUUAAUUUAUACAUCAGUUAGACCAGUUGGACAUGCUUUUUGUUACACCUGGACACAAACUUAAUAUUCAUCAAUAGAAGCCCAAUGCCAUGUGGCAAUAUUAGUGGCCAGGGUAGGUGAAAUAGAAAAUCACCAAAUUGCAGGUCUUGGUGCAUUAGUAAAAAUCGGCAGGGUUUUUUUUUUUUUUUGUCUUUUUUUUUUUGUCUUUUUUUUUUUUGACUGAGGUGUGUAAACUAUUAACACUAUUGGAUCAUGUGCAUGUAUCUGUCCACAGCCUACAUCAUCUGUAAGUGAUUUCUAAAAUGUCCAAGCUUCCAGGCAGGAUUGUCCGUGACAUGCUGUAUGCAGUUGCCUUCUUGAUAGUAAGAGGGGUGGAUAAAUGCAAACAGGCACGUUAUUUUCCUUUUGAAGAGGUAAAUGCCAGUCAAGUGGUAUUUACUAUGUCUUGGCUUAUGAAAAGUAUUGGCUUGAUGACAGCAUAAGCUUUCUGGCAUCAAAACUUCUGGCCUUUCUCUGCCGAGCAGCUUUCACAUCAACUUUUUCGUGUGACCAGUGGCAGAUUUAUCAUCAUGAAUUACCUGUGGGGCAAAAUUUCUAAUGAAACCGACAAACAUUUACUUCAGUAACUAUUUUGUUCUGGUUAGCCAUAAUUCUGAUACAAUAUUGUACUGUAUAUGCUCUUUUAAAAACUUCUCAUUUGAAAAAUAUCCUGAAAGAACAAUGCCAGCGCCUGUUGGAUGACUUUUUGCCAAAUAUGUUUUCAGUAAAUCCACUGUUGCUAUAUGUUCUGUUUUUGCUCAUUUAUGAAAUGUUAAUUUGCUAUGUAGCUGGUUAAGGCACAGGGCACAGUUUACGUAGUUCACUUAGACAUUCUAGGGUUACUUGGUUUGUGUCAGUUUCGUUGUGUGUUUAUGCACAUGAAUAUGUAUUACUUAUGCUAGAUAUACAAUGUUUACGCUGGACUUUAGUGUCUCAACAUACUGUUAGCAACAGGUUUUAAAAUGAGAUCAGUCGGACAUACCAUUUCUUAACUUGGCACUUAAGACCAACCUUUUUUAUUUUAAUUUUUUAUUUUUAUUCAAUGCCCAGUUAGUGCAACCAGCCCUAGGAGCCCCAAACGUAUGUUUCAAAUCCAUAAAAAUCACCCUGCACAUUGAAAAGUGGAAAUGUAUUUUCUCUCAAGUCUAUUAAUAUUUCCCAGACCUCAAGGGGUCUUAAGUGAACUGAAAUGUUGUCUUAUUGCUGCUGCUUGUUUUCUUUUUUCCCAGUCUUUUCACUAUGCAUGCAACAGUCUGGUUUGUGAAGGUGAUGUGACUUCUUUGCGGAGUUUGUUGGAGUUUACAGUUGGGGAAGCUGGGCUUGUUUGGCCACACAGGAGUCUGUGUGUCCAAGUGAUCUCUGCAAACCAGGCCAGCAGUAUCUUCGUCACAACGAGCACCAAACAUCACCAUGAAUGUUGCAUUCUGUUUCCCUUGGGCUCCAAGCGCGAUCUGUUUAAAGACUAUUUUGUGACAAAGGUGGUUUAAAAGGGCAUCUAUGAUUAUUCUCUGGGAGGGGCAAUCUGACCCAGAGCCUGUUUGGUUGAAGUGUACCAAGCCUUUAUUAUUCAUUGUUGUAAAGGCCAUUUAUUUGGUGGAAGCACGGUACACUUUCCUUGGAUUUCUCUUCUAGAAAUCAAUUAUUGUUCUGGUCAGCUUUCAAAAAAACAAUUCUUAGCAAUCUAUAUAUGUAAAAUAAUAAUAGGAUGCACUCAUUACAAUGAAGAUAAAUGCCUAAGGUGCGUUCUGCUUUUAAACAGAUCUCCUGAUUUGGGAAUUAACUUUUAAAUUAAUUUUUUUUUCUUUCUCCUUGUUGUUUGAAUGCUUAGUCAGUUUAUACACUACAUAUUUUAAAAUAUGUGGUACUAGGCUAACUUUCAGACUUGCUUAGUGAGUCUUAUUUAGGUAUGCAGAAUAACAUGUUCCUAUAGCCAUCACCCAAAGUCUUACCAGACUAUUCAAAAAUAUUUUAAUGAUUUUAUUCCUUGGAUUUGGAAACAUUUUGAGUUGUAUUAUGCAGUGAUCACCUGACAACAAAAGUAUCAAUUUGGAUGUUAUUUUUGCAUCUGUCUUGUCUAGGCUUAAAAGUUAACAAAUUUUUAAUAUAUUCAGCUUCAAACUAGCAAGCUUUUAACCAUUGCUACAAAUUGUACUAUAUUGACCCACACUGUCAUUUGUAGUAUACCUAUCGAAUGGUAUAUUUUAGUCCAGAUAGUUCAACAGUGAAUUGUCAAUGCAGUUGUUUAUGCUCAAAUCAUAUUGUUCAUAUUGUACAUUGGCAAUGAUCUAAAUAUUGAAUCAGAUGAGUCUCUAUCCUUGUACCCAUUUUAAAUCUUAUAUCUGAACAUAGCUAUUAUUAGCAAUCACCCUGAAACCCGGGCAAUGCUGGUGCUAAACGCUUUGCAUUUGAUUGUAACUGACUUUUCCCUCUCAAUAGGUACUUGACAAUAGAUGGAUGGAGAUUCGGUAUCUCUUUUGUGGGUUAUAAUUAGCAGAUAAUUAUGGCAGAAAAAAAAAUGCCACAUUGGGUGGUUUUUUUUCAAUUUCCUUUGUACAGCUAUGUCCGAUUGUGCAUUGAUUAUGAUUUAGUGAUUUUAAUUGAGUUUGUGAAUAUGGCACAAACUAGAAUAUAGCUACUGCACCUGAAAAGUGUCUUAUAUAUGCAGUAAUCACCAGCCAGUAGUUUUCCCAAGCACCAGUGUGUUUCUGGUGAGCAGCACACACUCGUCUGUGUAUACCAAACUCAGAAUACCACUCUUAAUCACCCACGCCCUGCUAGUGAACUGUUUUAAUGCACAUCCACAAUUUUUGUUGUUAUUUUCCCCCUCUGUAUUUGGGUUUGGAUUUAAUUUACUAUUUAACUGUUAUUGUUUGUAAAUUGAAAAAAUAAAUGGUCACAACUUUAA